UCAAAGGAGAAGAGAUUGUCUUUCGUCAGAGCCUGGGAAGAUAGCGAAAAGAGCAAAGCAGAGAACAAAGCUGAGAAGAAGAUCUCUGAUGUUCUUGCCUGGGAAAACAGCAAGAAAGCCGCUGUUGAAGCGCAGCUCAAGAAAAUUGAGGAGCAACUAGAGAAGAAGAAAGCAGAGUAUGCAGAGAGGAUGAAGAAUAAGGUUGCAGCGAUUCACAAGGAAGCAGAAGAGAGGAGAGCAAUGAUUGAAGCUAAGCGUGGUGAAGACAUUCUCAAAGCUGAAGAAACUGCUGCUAAAUACAGAGCCACUGGAAUUGUUCCAAAGGCUACUUGUGGAUGUUUCUAAUCUUGAAUUUGCUAUACAUGUUUCUUGUGUGUUUUUCAACUGUAAAGUGUUACAAUUUGUGUCGUCUUCUCUUCAUAUGGCUUUGUAUUGAUCUCGUUUGUAUAUUAAUUUUGUGUGUGAAAAAACAUCAGAGUGAAAUAUUUGUUCAUUGUU